AUGUUCGCCUCCCGUGGUCGGGCCGGCACCCUCGUCGCGCCGCCCCGCGUCGCGCCUUCCCCUCUCCUCAUCGCGCUUUCCCCUCCCCUCAUUGCGCCGCUCCUCCCCUCGUCGCGCCUCCUCUCUUCGCGCUCCCCUCAACGCGCCAGCACCCUCGUCGCGCCUCUCCUCGUCGCGCCCCAUUCCCUUCGCCGCGCCUCCCCUUGUCGCGCCUCCUCUCUUCGCGCCGCUCCCCUCAACGCGCCAGCACUCUCGCUGCUUCCCUCAUCCCCCCCCCCCCCCCCUCUCUUCCCCUCAUUUUCCCCCCCUGCUUCCCCUCAUUUCUCCCCUUUCUUCCCCUCAUUUCCCCCCUUGCUUCCCCUUAUUCCUUCCUCUGCUUCCCCUCACUCUCCCCCCUUGUUUCCCCUCAAUUCCUCCCCCUGCUUCCCCUCAUUUCCCCCCCUGCUUCCCCUCAUUUCCCCCCCCCUGCUUCCCCUCAUUUCCCCCCCUGCUUCCCCUCAUUUUCCCCCCCUGCUUCCCCUCAUUUCCCCCCCUGCUUCCCCUCAUUUCCACCCCCUGCUUCCCCUCAUUUCCCUCCCCUGCUUCCCCUCAUUUCCCUUCCUGGUUCCCCUCAUUUCCCUUCCUGUUUCUCCUCUCGUUUCCCCUCUUGCUUCCCCUCGUUUCCUCUCUCGCUUCCCCUCAUUUCCACCUUGCUUCCCCUCAUUCCCCCCUCCUGCUUCCCCUCAUUCUCCCCUCCUGCCCGUCCUUCUUCCCUUCUCCUUUUCCCUGCCCGCCCCCAUCAGGUGCAGCAGGCUGAAGAAAGAGAACUCUGUGUUGCCCAAAAGCAGCAGUGAUGAUGUCAUGUCGGAUUUGCUAUGCAAUGAGGGGGAUGACGGCGGCUCAGGAGGAGGAUCGGCAGCAGCAGCAGAGGCCCCACCAGCAGAGGCACCACGAGCGCCAGGUGCAGCAGGUCUUGUGCAAGGCCAGAGGAGCGGCAGCAGCAACAACAUUGGUGGAUCGCCUCUGUGGGACUCUAAUGAAGGAGUGAAUACAGCAGUUUCAAGUGUGCUGCUGCCGAUUGCCUCUAUUGCCACUGCUGUCUCAACAGUAGCAGCGUUGGCAGACUCACCGGAAGCGCAGCUGCUUCAGGCUGCAAGAGAGGCGCUGAAUAAGGCACUCUGUUUUGAGAAUGAAUGA